CUGGGAGAGAGAGAGAGAGAUAGAGAGAGAGAAGACAAGUCCAGUCUCGCCUCUUUCGCCCGCCCUACUCCCCCCAACAUUCCUCUAAAAAGAUUUCUCCAUCACAGUCACUCCACCUGCACACAUCCAUCCCCAUCACCCAGCGCCAAGACUCCAGACCGAGCGUCCAGACCAGCAGAACAUCUCCAGAACAUCUCUCCAGCUCCUCAGAGAACAUCCAGGAUGGGUUCCUCAGGAAUUCAGAUCGUAUGUGUUGGGCUGGGCAUUUUAGGCCUCAUCGCCGGCAUCGUGACCUGCGUCAUGCCCCAGUGGAAGGUGUCGUCCUUCACCGGGCAGAACAUCAUCACUGCACAGACUCAGCAGGAGGGUCUGUGGAUGGAGUGUGUGGUGCAGAGCACAGGUCAGCAGCAGUGUAAGGCCUACGAGUCUCUGCUGAUCCUGGGCUCUGACCUCCAGGCCGCCCGUGCCAUGACUAUCAUCUGCUGCAUGCUGACCGCGAUAGGCUUGCUGGCACUGUUCGCUGGUGCCGACUUCACCACCUGCAUCGAGAGCGAAGACGCCAAGCCCAAAAUUUGCCUGGUGGCCGGCGUGGCCCUGCUCCUCUCCGGCCUGCUCCUCAUCAUCCCCGUCAGCUGGUCCGCCAACAACACAGUCAGCAACUUCAACAACCCGCUUACCCCUAGCUCCAACCGCAGGGAGCUGGGGUCCUGCAUCUUCAUCGGCUGGGCCGGUGGAGUGCUGCUCCUGCUGGCCGGAGGCCUGCUCUGCUGUUUCAGCCGGCCAUGCUCCGGAAGCUCCGGAGGCACCGCCAAAUAUUACAGCAACAGCGCCUCUGCCCCAAGCAAAAACUACGUCUAGAGGGGCAAAUUUAGGGUCUAAAGGUGGUGAUUCAACUGCAUUGUUUAUAAUAAUAUUCGAUAUAGCAUCCAUUCAUUUUUUAGCUAGGACAGAAUUCUUAGGCUAUUUUCAAAUAUAAAGAUCCAAAAAUGUGUUUUUAUCAGUGUUUCUUCUUUUAAAAGCAAUUCCGAAUCAAAUCAAAAGAAUCAAAUCAAAUGCAUUGAAUCGUUACCUAAAAUCCUGAGGUCAGACAUUUACACCCCCAAUGUACAUGUGCUUUGGAGGGAAAUUGGAUAAGAGUAGUGCUGGUUCUUGAUUCCCCCUGCCCUGUAUAUUGUAAUGUUUUCCUGCUCUAAAGCUACGUUCACAUUACAAGCUGAUUCUGAUUUUUUUUGCUCAAAUCCAAACUUAUAGUUCACAUUUGUGCGAAUAAGCAAUACAUAUUUCUAUCCACAAUUUCAUUACUGGAUUUACCAGUCCACUUGGCCUCUCCAUUUCCCUUCAGGCCAUUUUAAAGGCCACCCAUUACCGUAUUAGCUCAACAGACGUUUAGAUGAGGCCUUAGAGGGGCGAGGGAUUGAGUGGACACAAG